GCGACCGCCGCUAUGGAAGCCGGUAGGACGGCUGUGCUGCGGGUGAAGCGGAAGCGCAGUGCGGAACCCGCCGAGGCGCUCGUGCUUGCGUGUAAACGCCUCCGGAGCGGCGCGGUCCAGUUGGCCGCCCAGGAGAGUCCGGAGGGUCUAGAGAGGGCGGCGGAGAAUAAUGUCUUCCAGUUGGUGGCCACUGUGCGCUCCCAGGAGGAGCCCGUCCAGCAGCUCCUGCGGGAGGCCCUGUGCCCGCCCCAGGGCAGCCAGAAGCGUAUCCGCCGCGGUCUCCGCGCAUCAGUCCGAGAGGUCCGGCAGGAGGGCCGCUACCGGGUGGUCUCCAGCCACCGAUCCUCGGGGACCACUAAGAGCGGGCCGGAGUCCGAGUGCGCGGCGGGGACUCCAGAAGCCGCUGGGGACGUAGGCUUCCAGCUAUUCGAUCUAGUCCACGAGGAUGCAGAGCCAAAGGCCGCUGUCGCGGGUCCCUGCAAAACGUCUGAUCCAGAUGUGAUCCUCUGCAAUUCUGUAGAGUUGAUCCGUGAACGACUGACCGUGUCUGAGGAUGGACCCGAAGUUGGACACGAGAAGGAAGAGAAGCACGAAGACUAUGUGUAUGACAUUUACUACCUGGAGAUGGCCACUCCGGGGUGGAUCGAGAACAUCCUCUCUGUGCAGCCAUAUAGUCAGGAGUGGGAGCUGGUGAAUGAUGAUGAGCAACCAGAGGACAUUUAUGAAGAUGAAGAUGAUGAGAACAGUGAGAAUAAUUGGCGAAAUGAGUACCCAGAGGAGGAGAGCAGCGAUGGAGAUGAAGAUUCCAGAGGCUCUGAUGCAUCCAGCAGCCUCAGCGAGGAGGAAAGCGGCCGCAGCCGACGAGUGUGGAGCAAGUACCCUUCGGAUGUACACAAGGAGUUUGGCUACGACAGCCCCCAUGACCUGGAUUCAGACUGACGUGAGGCUCUAUCACAAGCUUGUGAAGGCUCUGGGACUACAGUGUCACCUGCUCUGGUGACAUCCUCUAAGGUUUCUAAAAAGUAAUCAAGCACCAGCUCACCACGGUGAAUGUUUAUGCUGAGUGAGUCUGCCACUAACAGUAGGGACCUUUUGCCUCAAACAAAAAUGACCUACAGUCUGAAAAAGAAAGGUUCUGUUAGCUUCCUGGCCUUGACGUUUUUUCCUGGUGUUCUAGUUGGGUGCUGAAGUCAGAGGGGAGGAAGGCUCCUGUUUCAUCAGCGUAAUAUUCUGCUUUUCUGUACAGUCAAGCUGCCUGUCUCUGGUAAAAGCCUGCUCGUUUCGAUAGAAGGAACUCACAGUGGAUACUGAAGGACUCUUACAGCAGCACAGAUUGGACAGUGCCUGCUGUCAGGGCAGGAAGUAAAAGCUGCCUCAGCUGUGGAAGGUGUUAUUUAAGAGCUGUCUCCUGCACCCCUGCUUUGGACUCUGAUGAUGGUUGUAAAGAUUGCUGCUUGGCAGUGGUGCCAGGGAACAAACUGCAUGAAUGUGAUACUUGUUUAAUAAUAAAAAAAAAAAGCCAACUUAGAAGGUAGAAACA